AUGCUCGGGAGGAAAGCGGCAGAAAAAGGAGCGCAACAACGACAACGACUACCAAGCGACGGAUCGAACGACCGACCGACCGACCGAUCGACCGAUCCGAGUGGAAUCGAUGCCGAAGACUGGGUUAAAAGAGAAUGGUGUAGGCGGUUGGGUGCUGAUCUGUACAGGAAUACCACGUUGAUCAGUGCCGACGAUAGGUUGCAUAGAUAG